ACAGCUGAUUUCCGAUAGUGCAUUUCGGACUUAACUAUCAGAAUUUCCCAAGUUGGGAAAUCGGUUGUCGUAAGAGGAAAUUUUCGGCGUUUUUAGAGGAAAAACUAGUAAGAUUUGGUUAAAAAUUACAAAUUGUGUCCAAUUAAACUGUAAAUAAAGAAUUAAAUUAUUAAGUGCAGAAGGGUAUCUGGCGGCAGUUUUUCUAACAAUCUAGUGUUUGAUUACGUACUAUUAUCCACGGAAAAGUUAUAGCGCCUUGUACCGCCCAAAAAUUUUUCGUGAUUGUGGAAAAACAUCUACAUACAUCGUCUAGCGGCAAGUCAACGAACACACACAAAAGGUAUUUUGUAAAUUGUUGGCGUACUACAUAUAUUCAAUCUGCAGACGCAGCACUCCAAAGGAUCAUUUGCGCUUACGCCCAUAUUCGCUAGCGCUGCUUUUGUUCCCGCGUACACAUGUGAAAUGAAUAGCCCGUUCUUGUGUGCAUUAUAUUUAUAAAUUGAAAAGUACCUGAAUGCAUAUGCAAACAAACUCAUACAGUUCGUGCAUAUAAAUUCACCGUCACGCAUAAUACUAUCAGUGUCAAGAAUCGUUUUCUAAAGUGUACUAUCAGCGCCACGGCAGAGAGAAGCAGCUAUUUUUGCUAGUGACAGGAUAUUUACUAUCAGCACUUUUGCUCGUAUUAUCAGUUACUUGGAUACUAUUUUGUUUGACAAAGAGCAACAGCAUGUCUAUUGCGCCAGUGAUAAUUGAGGCAACAGCCAAACACACGUCAACGCUCAUCUUUAUGCACGGCUUAGGUGAUACCGGUCAUGGAUGGAGUUCAGCGUUGGCGAUGAUACGUCCGCCCAGCAUGAAAGUAAUCUGUCCAACAGCACCCACAAUGCCGGUGUCAUUAAAUGCCGGCUUCCGUAUGCCUUCUUGGUUUGAUUUACGUACGCUCGAUAUAUCGGGUCCCGAAGAUGAGGAGGGUAUUAAAAGUGCCGCUCAAAAUAUUAAAACAAUGAUUGAUGAUGAAGUAAAUAAGGGCAUAGCAUCGAAUCGCAUUGUGCUAGGAGGCUUUUCGCAAGGAGGUGCGUUAGCUCUGUAUACAGCGUUAACAUAUAGUCAACCAUUAGCUGGCAUCGUGGCGCUGUCCUGCUGGUUGCCAUUACACAAACAAUUUCCAGGCAUUAAAGCCAAUGCUGAUGAUAUACCAAUUUUUCAGGCGCAUGGUGAUUUUGAUCCUGUUGUACCAUACAAAUUUGGUCAAUUAAGCGCUAGUUUACUGAAGACAUUCAUGAAAAAUGUCACAUUCAAGACAUAUAAUGGACUAUCGCAUUCCUCAUCCGAUGAUGAAAUGGACGAUGUGCGGGAUGUACUGGCCUCUUGGAGUGGUGACAAUAGAAACAGUAAAACGUCGAGGCUGGAUGUUAGCGGAAAUGCCACAGCGCAAUGCUGUCUUAUAUCAUAGUAGCAAAUCUG